AUGAGGAUGGAUUGGGACAGCGACGAACAGCGAAAAGGCGUAGUUGAAGCCUCAAGCUCAUUAUCCAACUCAUCGACCUCCUACUCUCAACGUCGCCGCUCAGUUGCCGCACAGGCACGCCCUCCUCCGCCUCCCAGCCUCCCAAUUCCCAAUAUUCCUCAUAUUGACAACGAUAACAUGUAUAAUUCUUACCAUGAUCUUUCGGAUCCUCCUCCUCCGUCUAUUCUUCCCACUUCUUCUCGAAUUCAAGACCCUCCUCAAUCGCAACAACCGUCGCAAUCGCCUCCUCAACCACAUCUCCUUGCACCACCAGAUCAACCUGCACCUCGACCUCCCUCCUCACGUCGAGCUUUAACAAGGGCCCUCGAACUUGCUCGUCAGGCUGUUCAGCUCGACUCCACAAAUGAUAAUCCUGAGCUAGCGGUACAGGCGUACGGGAAGAGUGUUGCGCUGCUGAGCGAAGUCAUGGAACGAGUCAGACGCGGAGAGGAUAGUACGGAGGUCGGCUCUCGGAAAAGAAACGGAAGGCGACGAAGUGUCGUUGCCCAGGAAGAGGAAGUACGAAGGCUCCAGACCAUACAUGAUACUUAUGCAGAUCGAAUGAACAUUCUCAGCAUAAUCUACAGCAUCCCUCCACUGCCCUACUCUUCCUCUUCCAUAUACUCUGCGACCUUCAAUAGCCAUGAAUUGGCUCAAGCUGCUUCACCGCUCACCGAAGAUCUUGAACCCCACGAUACCAUUCCAAAUCAUACCCCAGCAGAAGAUUUUACAGACCGUCCAUAUGGCCAUGACCGGUCGGAUGAUGGACAUGCGGCGAUUGGGACUGCAAUGUUCCUCGAAGACCUGCCUAGUUCAAGGUCAGAAAUAUCUGGUCUACCUCAUCAGCCGUCGGCACAUCCCUAUGCAACAGCUCAGUACGAUCAACUCUUACCUGUAGUUCCAAUACAAGCGCCGAGACAGAACUCAUCUAGUCCUAGUAGUCGUUUUGUUUCGUCGUCUCGUAGGUCGCGAGCUCUGUCAACAGCUCUUCCACCUGCAAUGCCUCCGCCACCCAAUUCUCCUCCUCCUCCUCCUACACCCAUGGCUUACGAGUCAGACCUCGUCUUACAAAACGGAAGGCAUUUUGAGCCUACCAACCGAAUACGAGGCGAUUCGGUUGUUGGACAUAAAAGAACAGGGUCGGGAGGUAGAUUGGCAGCGCUUGAGGAGGACGAGGAACGGCAUUAUGAAGAUCACCACCGACAUCCUAUACAACAUGCUACAAGGUAUCCCAUCAACAAGAAGCCUUCGGAUGCGACCAGAGUGUCUAAUCAUGAAUCUCCUCCUCUACCUCCUGUUCCGUCACCUACUGGCGAAAGCCAUCGUACCUCUAAACCUCCUCCCUCACCGAGACCAUUGAACCAAAGACCUCGUAACUCUUCUCAAGUCUCUGUGCGCUCGGAUGGAUCGACGCAGAUGAUAAAUUCGUCGACUAAUCUAGGUACUAUAUCCCAGAGAAGGACAACAGCCAAGUCAUCUGCCCCUCCUACACCUCGAUCCUCUUCCCCAGCGGAGUCCACCGCCUCUGCUGGCUCCCUCCCACCAGUUCCUAGAUCGCUAGCUUCGUCUCUACCAGGCGGCUCUACGACAUCUGUCGUGUCUUCCGGCGGCAGAAGUAGAUCAUCGUCUCAACCUGGUCGACGUCCUUCCACCAUCACUAGUCACAAUUCAUCUCUGGAGCAGUUACCACCCCUCCCAACAACCAACGGCGUGACCAAUCGAAAGGCACCGUACCCAAUAACAAGCAAACUUAACCCCAAUGCACCGGGGGUACCACUAACCGUCCAAACUGACAUAGCUGCAUCAAAUGGCUUGCCAUCUUCCAUUGGCCCACUGACGUUUAUGGCAACGGGAAUACCAAUCACUCCCACAUCACCACUUCCUCCCGCAGCGCCUGCCGACCCAUCUAGAAAGCCAUAUCAUUUGAUGAAUUUGCUACGGACGACGAUGAUGUCGCCCACAGGCGGAUACAUCACGCGGAGAUUGCACGUACCGCAGGAAGUAUGGUCUCAGGGUGGAGCCAAACUUGGGAACCUGAUUGAAAAGGUGAGGGUAGUGGCGAUAUUGUGUACUGCAUUGGAGGAAUUGCAGGCCUUCAGUUCAGAGUACUUUGGUGCAGGGAACGUCAGUAGUGGAAUGGCUUUAGGGAUCGGGAGCAUUGGUAGGCGAGAGGGAGAGGCGUGGUUAAGUAAAUUGGAGGACUUCUCCACUGUCUGCGAUGGGGUCGUGGCAAAUUUCGGAAAGAAGUUGGGAGUUGGAGAGGGCUUUGUAGUGAAAAAGACAACAUGGGGUGACAAGCUUGGUAGGAGGUUUGAUAAGUUCACGAACGGGAAAAAGUUCGUCAUCGUCAUUUCUUUACGAGCUUUCUCUGACCACCUAGCCAGUCUCGACUCUCCUGCCGGGUACGUGCAAGGCCUUAGGAAGCUUUUCUCACAUGCGCAACUCCUUGACGAACAUACAAAAGCCGUAUCAUCUCAACCGGUCGCAGCGUCGUACAGCGGCCUACCUGUUGAUAUCCGCUCAGCUGCCGAUAUCAAACUAAAGCGCGCUUCCGAAUUCUUUGCGAGUGUCGUUCUGACAUUUGUCAUCCGAGACCUCUCUCAGCUUUUGGAUAAAUACGCAAAGAAGUGUGAGAAGUGGUUAGCAGAAUAA